AUGGCUGCCAACCCCGUCCAAAAUGGUCUCUUCGUCCACGAAAACACUACUCCCCCCGAGCACCCCAGCUUGUUGAGUAUGUUCUCUCUGAAGGGCAAGACCGCCAUCGUUACUGGUGCUGGCGCCGGUAUCGGUCUUGCUGUCGCCAACGGUCUUGCGGAAGCUGGUGCCAACGUUGCCCUAUGGUGGAACACCAACGACAAGUGCCCUGAGCGUGCCGCUGAGAUCGCCUCCAAAUACGGUGUUCAGACCAAGGCUUACCAGGUCAACAUCACCGAUGCCGAGGCCGUGCAAAAGGCCGUUGACCAGACGGUGAAGGAUUUCAACGGCCGUCUAGACGUCUUCAUUGCCAACGCCGGUAUCCCUUGGACCCAAGGUCCUAUGGUUGACGGCCCUCUAUCGCACUACACCGACGUUGUCAGCAUUGACCUCGACGGUACCUUCUACUGUGCCAAGGCUGCUGCCGCCCACUGGAGGAGACAGAAGGAGGAGGGAACCGACCUCAACGGCAACAAGUUGACCAACUUCACCUACGGUAGCUUCGUGGCUACCGCUUCCAUGAGCGGUCACAUUGUCAACUUCCCUCAAAUGCAAGCUGCCUACAACGCUGCCAAGUCGGCUGUUAUCCAUCUCUGCAAAUCUCUCUCGGUCGAGUGGGUUAAGUAUGCCCGGGCCAACACCGUCUCCCCUGGCUACAUCGCGACCGAAAUCUCCAACUUCGUGCCCCAGGAGACCAAGAACAUCUGGAAGGACAAGAUUCCCAUGGGCCGUGAGGGUCGCCCUGAGGAAUUGAAGGGUGCCUAUCUCUAUCUGGCCUCGGAUGCCUCGAGCUACACCACCGGAGCUGACCUGGUUGUCGACGGUGGCUACUGCGCUCCAUAA